AAACAAUGACCAAACAGGUGAUGUAAAGCUCUGUUAUGACUAUGAAGUCAGAUUCUUGUGCUGCGAAGGCUGUGAAAAGGAAACAAUGUCCACCACCCUUUCAGCUACCACCAAGUCAACACCAUCAACCCAAACAAGUGCAAUUGUGCCCACAGAAGCAGUUACUAAAACAAUUCAGCCAUCGCCUCCGCCUACCAAGGAAUUUACCACUACAGUCAAGCCUCCUGUCCCUUCAUCAACAAAGCAGUUUCCUGGUACAACACAACCAACUCUCACUUCAUCAACCACUGAGUCUCCAGUGCCAACAGAGCCACCUGUUCCCUCAUCAACAAAGGAGGAAUCCAAAACAACUGGACCACCUGUAACUUCAUCUUCCACUGAAGUCCCUAGCCCAACAGAACCAGUUGUCACUUCAUCUACUCAGGAAGUGCCCACCCCAUCACAACCAUUUACCUCAACCAUUGGUACUCCAGGAACUCCUUCAGCCAGUCCACCAGUCCCUUCAUCUACUAAAGAGCUUCCUGGUACAACACAGCCAACUCUCACUUCAUCAACCACUGAGUCUCCUAUACAAACACAGCCAUCUGUUUCUUCAUCUACCCAAGAGGUUCCUCCUUCAACUGCACCAUUUGGCACCUCAUCUACCAAGGAAGUUCUUGCUACCACCCAGCCAUCUCUCACUUCCAAAUCUUCUACAGCCACACCGGCAGCAAAAUGCACCCCAGAAUGCAAAUAUACCUCUUGGAUUAGUUCCUUUUACCCGGAUUUUGAAUCCACUGGUGAUUUUGAAACAAUAGCCAACAUUAAGCAGAAAGGAUAUGCUAUCUGCCAAAGCCCCAGAGAAAUUCAGUGCAGAGCUGUGGAACUUCCUGAUGUUGAGUUAUCUGAAAUUGGACAAAUCGUAACCUGUAAUUUGAAUGAAGGUCUUAUUUGUAAAAACAAUGACCAAACAGGUGAUGUAAAGCUCUGUUAUGACUAUGAAGUCAGAUUCUUGUGCUGCGAAGGCUGUGAAAAGGAAACAAUGUCCACCACCCUUUCAGCUACCACCAAGUCAACACCAUCAACCCAAACAAGUGCAAUUGUGCCCACAGAAGCAGUUACUAAAACAAUUCAGCCACCGCUUCCUCCGUCUACCAAGGAAUUUACCACUACAGUCAAGCCUCCUGUCCCUUCAUCAACAAAGCAGUUUCCUGGUACAACACAGCCAACUCUCACUUCAUCAACCACUGAAUCUCCAGUGCCAACAGAGCCACCUGUUCCCUCAUCAACAAAGGAGGAAUCCAAAACAACUGGACCACCUGUAACUUCAUCUUCCACUGAAGUCCCUAGCCCAACAGAACCAGUUGUCACUUCAUCUACUCAGGAAGUGCCCACUCCAUCACAACCAUUUACCUCAACCAUUGGUACUCCAGGAACUACUGUAGCCAGUCCACCAGUCCCUUCAUCUACGAAAGAGCUUCCUGGUACAACACAGCCAACUCUCACUUCAUCAACCACUGAGUCUCCUAUACAAACACAGCCAUCUGUUUCUUCAUCUACCCAAGAGGUUCCUCCUUCAACUGCACCAUUUGGCACCUCAUCUACCAAGGAAGUUCUUGCUACCACCCAGCCAUCUCUCACUUCCAAAUCUUCUACAGCCACACCGGCAGCAAAAUGCACCCCAGAAUGCAAAUAUACCUCUUGGAUUAGUUCCUUUUACCCGGAUUUUGAAUCCACUGGUGAUUUUGAAACAAUAGCCAACAUUAAGCAGAAAGGAUAUGCUAUCUGCCAAAGCCCCAGAGAAAUUCAGUGCAGAGCUGUGGAACUUCCUGAUGUUGAGUUAUCUGAAAUUGGACAAAUCGUAACCUGUAAUUUGAAUGAAGGUCUUAUUUGUAAAAACAAUGACCAAACAGGUGAUGUAAAGCUCUGUUAUGACUAUGAAGUCAGAUUCUUGUGCUGCGAAGGCUGUGAAAAGGAAACAAUGUCCACCACCCUUUCAGCUACCACCAAGUCAACACCAUCAACCCAAACAAGUGCAAUUGUGCCCACAGAAGCAGUUACUAAAACAAUUCAGCCAUCGCUUCCUCCGUCUACCAAGGAAUUUACCACUACAGUCAAGCCUCCUGUCCCUUCAUCAACAAAGCAGUUUCCUGGUACAACACAACCAACUCUCACUUCAUCAACCACUGAGUCUCCAGUGCCAACAGAGCCACCUGUUCCCUCAUCAACAAAGGAGGAAUCCAAAACAACUGGAUCACCUGUAACUUCAUCUUCCACUGAAGUCCCUAGCCCAACAGAACCAGUUGUCACUUCAUCUACUCAGGAAGUGCCCACCCCAUCACAACCAUUUACCUCAACCAUUGGUACUCCAGGAACUCCUUCAGCCAGUCCACCAGUCCCUUCAUCUACGAAAGAGCUUCCUGGUACAACACAGCCAACUCUCACUUCAUCAACCACUGAGUCUCCUAUACAAACACAGCCAUCUGUUUCUUCAUCUACCCAAGAGGUUCCUCCUUCAACUGCACCAUUUGGCACCUCAUCUACCAAGGAAGUUCUUGCUACCACCCAGCCAUCUCUCACUUCCAAAUCUUCUACAGCCACACCGGCAGCAAAAUGCACCCCAGAAUGCAAAUAUACCUCUUGGAUUAGUUCCUUUUACCCGGAUUUUGAAUCCACUGGUGAUUUUGAAACAAUAGCCAACAUUAAGCAGAAAGGAUAUGCUAUCUGCCAAAGCCCCAGAGAAAUUCAGUGCAGAGCUGUGGAACUUCCUGAUGUUGAGUUAUCUGAAAUUGGACAAAUCGUAACCUGUAAUUUGAAUGAAGGUCUUAUUUGUAAAAACAAUGACCAAACAGGUGAUGUAAAGCUCUGUUAUGACUAUGAAGUCAGAUUCUUGUGCUGCGAAGGCUGUGAAAAGGAAACAAUGUCCACCACCCUUUCAGCUACCACCAAGUCAACACCAUCAACCCAAACAAGUGCAAUUGUGCCCACAGAAGCAGUUACUAAAACAAUUCAGCCAUCGCUUCCUCCGUCUACCAAGGAAUUUACCACUACAGUCAAGCCUCCUGUCCCUUCAUCAACAAAGCAGUUUCCUGGUACAACACAGCCAACUCUCACUUCAUCAACCACUGAGUCUCCAGUGCCAACAGAGCCACCUGUUCCCUCAUCAACAAAGGAGGAAUCCAAAACAACUGGACCACCUGUAACUUCAUCUUCCACUGAAGUCCCUAGCCCAACAGAACCAGUUGUCACUUCAUCUACUCAGGAAGUGCCCACUCCAUCACAACCAUUUACCUCAACCAUUGGUACUCCAGGAACUACUGCAGCCAGUCCACCAGUCCCUUCAUCUACGAAAGAGCUUCCUGGUACAACACAGCCAACUCUCACUUCAUCAACCACUGAGUCUCCUAUACAAACACAGCCAUCUGUUUCUUCAUCUACCCAAGAGGUUCCUCCUUCAACUGCACCAUUUGGCACCUCAUCUACCAAGGAAGUUCUUGCUACCACCCAGCCAUCUUUCACUUCCAAAUCUUCUACAGCCACACCGGCAGCAAAAUGCACCCCAGAAUGCAAAUAUACCUCUUGGAUUAGUUCCUUUUACCCGGAUUUUAAAUCCACUGGUGAUUUUGAAACAAUAGCCAACAUUAAACAGAAAGGAUAUGCUAUCUGCCAAAGCCCCAGAGAAAUUCAGUGCAGAGCUGUGGAACUUCCUGAUGUUGAGUUAUCUGAAAUUGGACAAAUCGUAACCUGUAAUUUGAAUGAAGGUCUUAUUUGUAAAAACAAUGACCAAACAGGUGAUGUAAAGCUCUGUUAUGAUUAUGAAGUCAGAUUCUUGUGCUGCUAAGGCUGUGAAAUGGAAACAAUGUCCACCACCCUUUCAGCUACCACCAAGUCAACACCAUCAACCCAAACAAGUGCAAUUGUGCCCACAGAAGCAGUUACUAAAACAAUUCAGCCACCGCUUCCUCCGUCUACCAAGGAAUUUACCACUACAGUCAAGCCUCCUGUCCCUUCAUCAACAAAGCAGUUUCCUGGUACAACACAACCAACUCUCACUUCAUCAACCACUGAGUCUCCAGUGCCAACAGAGCCACCUGUUCCCUCAUCAACAAAGGAGGAAUCCAAAACAACUGGACCACCUGUAACUUCAUCUUCCACUGAAGUCCCUAGCCCAACAGAACCAGUUGUCACUUCAUCUACUCAGGAAGUGCCCACCCCAUCACAACCAUUUACCUCAACCAUUGGUACUCCAGGAACUCCUUCAGCCAGUCCACCAGUCCCUUCAUCUACGAAAGAGCUUCCUGGUACAACACAGCCAACUCUCACUUCAUCAACCACUGAG